AAAUGGGUUCUAAGUCUAGAGUCGGGGUAACGCUAGAUGGAAGCCAGCGGAUCUUGGAGGUGGGAGGACCGCGGUGGGGCAGGGCUUUAAGAGACACCCCUCCGGGAUAGGAAUGAGAAGGAGAGCACUUUGGAGAGAGAAGCCUGAGAAUCCUACAGGCUGGUGGAGUUUUUCAUCUGAGACACUUCCGAGUCUAGGAGAGAGCAGUCUGUCUCCCUUUCACACGAUGGAUUCGGCGAAGAUUUAUGUGGACAAGUUCAAGUCCUUCGUGAUUUUGUUCUUCACCCCGAUCCUGCUGCUUCCACUCAUCAUUCUGGUACCUGACAAGUUUGCCAGGUGUGCCUUUGUUAUAAUCCUCAUGGCCGUCUACUGGUGCACAGAUGUCAUCCCAGUGGCUAUCACCUCCCUCCUGCCUGUCCUCCUCUUCCCACUUUUGAAGGUUCUGGACUCCAAGCAGGUAUGUAUCCAAUACAUGAAGGAUACCAACAUGCUGUUCGUGGGCAGUCUCAUUAUGGCUUCGGCUGUGGAACACUGGAGACUUCAUAAGAGGAUUGCUCUGAGAAUGCUGCUCCUUGUGGGGACCCAGCCCUCACGGCUGAUGCUGGGCUUUAUGUUCGUCACGGCCUUCCUGUCCAUGUGGAUCAGCAAUACUGCCGCCACAGCCAUGAUGGUACCCAUUGUGGAGGCCAUGAUGCAGCAAAUAGUAGCCGCCAAAGCAGCUGCGGAGGCCAGCCAGGGGACACUGGAGCUGCUGGACAAGAAGGCCAAGAAGUUGCCAGGACAGCAGGUGGUACUUGAAGACCUCACUAUGCAGAAGCAAGAAGAUGAAGAAGCAAAGAAUAUGUACAAGGCUAUGAACCUAUGUGUGUGCUAUGCAGCCAGCAUUGGGGGUACGGCCACCUUGACCGGGACGGGACCCAACGUGGUGCUCCUGGGCCAGAUGCAGGAAUUGUUUCCUGACAGUAAAGACGUCAUGAACUAUGCCUCUUGGUUUGGAUUUGCCUUCCCCAACAUGCUGCUGAUGCUGAUGCUGGCCUGGCUGUGGCUCCUGUUUCUGUACAUGAGACGCAAUUUUAAAAAAACUUGCAUCUGCUGUGAGAAGAAGAAGAGGAGAAGCACUGAGAACGCAGCCUACAAGGUGCUGAUCGAGGAGUACAAGAAGCUGGGGCCCCUGAGCUACCCUGAAUGCAAUGUGCUCUUCUGCUUCACCCUGCUUAUCACCCUGUGGUUCUCUCGAGACCCUGGAUUCAUGCCUGGCUGGCUGUCCAUCGCCUGGGUCGAGGGACAUACUAAGCAUAUCACGGAUGCCACAGUGGCCAUCUUUGUGGCCAUUUUGCUUUUCAUAAUACCUUCAGAAAAGCCCAAGUUCAACUUCAGAAACCAGACUGAGGAAGAAAAGAAAACUCCGUUCUAUCCCCCACCACUGCUGGACUGGAAAGUCACCCAAGAUAAAGUGCCCUGGGGCAUUGUGCUGCUCCUGGGGGGAGGGUUUGCUAUGGCAAAAGGCUGUGAGACUUCAGGGCUCUCCGAGUGGAUGGCAAGAAAAAUGGAACCCUUGAGCUCAGUGAAACCUGCUCUCAUUACCUUGAUCUUGUCCAGUGUUAUUUCAGUGAUCACAGAGUGCACAAGUAAUAUAGCCACUACCACCCUGUUCCUGCCCAUCUUUGCCUCCAUGGCUCGUUCCAUCGGCAUCCAUCCACUGUAUGUCAUGAUUCCCUGUACCCUGAGCGCAUCACUUGCCUUCAUGUUGCCUGUGGCUACCCCACCAAAUGCCAUCGUGUUUGCCUACGGACACCUCAAAAUUAUUGACAUGGUGAAAACUGGAUUCAUAUUGAACUUCCUUGGAGUCUUAACUGUGUCUCUGUCAGUCAACACCUGGGGACGGGCUGUGUUUAAUUUGGGUCAGUUUCCUGACUGGGCAAAUUCAUCAAGUAUUAGGACUUAAGAAGAGCCACAAGAGCACAAGCAAGCCUCCCAAACCCUUCUGAGGACUAUGAAUCUUAUGGCACACCUUGCACAGAACACUAGUGCUCACAUGCUGUGUGAUCCAAUGAUGUCAACACCCCAAGGAGAUCUAGCCAACUAGCCACCUCUUCCUCUAGGCUCAGGUUCAGAGAUGGCAAUGGGCGACGGGAAGAUAGGCUCAGGAGAUAGGCUCAGAACCCUUUUGAGAGGUCGUAAGGCCCAUCUUUCCUAGGACCCUUCCAUCUUUCCUGGGACAGGCAGGAAACAGAGGGACCAGGGCUCAAAUCCUGUGCCAUGUGGCUUUGAAAGACUAUGGCUCCAUGCUGGGCUCCCAGUUCUCACAUGCCUGUUCCCAGGGUCUUCACACCACACGGGGGUGGGGUGGGGUGGCUGGAUCACCAGGCUGAGAGCCCAUUCCCCCCUCCCCCCUGCCUUGCCUCUUCUGGAUGUCCCCAGAUCAUCAUCUCUAUCACCAUGAAGGAACUUCCCAUCCAGGACAGAACUCUGAUCUUGAACACUUCCCACUGUCAAGAGUGAGAGUAGGAGUCAUGGCCCCCUGAAGACUCGGACUCUGCAUGGUGCCAUCACCACUGAGCAACCUGAGGUGCUAACAUUGGUGGCAUUCCUGCCCAGCCUUGGCUGACCUGUCCCUUACUUGCCUCUUUUCAUAUUCAUUAACAGUUUGAACUCCCUUCCCAGCUCCCUACUGAGCCUCCUUGAGCCCCUAGAUCCCCCUGUCUAAGGCUCCCCAGAAAACCCCUGUUUUUUUCCAUGGAGCUCAGUUCGAUCAUUCUGGGAAUGCUCAUCCUGCCAGCCUGAUGUGGCUGGGAUCACACUUCAAGGAUGGACACAUGAUGUCUCUUUGGGGGAUGGUGUUAAAGUGGGAUACCUAAGUCUUCCCUUGGCUAGAUCCAGAGCAGAUUUAGCAACUCAUUUCCAUGAGCUGCUGGGCUGCACAUUUUGUCUGUCCUGUUGGACUCUUGAGCUCCUCUGGGAAGGCCUUUCCCUUGCUGUCUGUGCAUUGUGGCCAGGCCUGUUGGCAACAGAGCAUGGCUGAGAAUGAGCAGUGCUUGUUGGAGUCUGAGCAGACAGACCCUGCCAGAGUAAACUGACUGAGCAGAGUGUCCAUGGGAACCCAUAGGACCCCUCACAUGAAAGGGAGACAGGAGAGGAAGCUCUCCAUAGCUCUUUCAGUGAUGCCCUCUUCCUUGCUUGAUUUGCUCUGCAAUACAGUCCACGGAUGUCAGAAGACAGUAUGGGGACCCAAGGAGUCCCCAUCAAAGAUCAAGUAUGUGUCUGGCUCCUCGGGAGGGAUGACUCCUGACCACACUGUUGAAGGCUUGCUCUUGUCAAAUACUCUGUCUGCUAUGGAAAGUUCCAAUGUGUUGACUAGUCUGUGAUUUUGUGCCUUGUGAAGACAGAGGGAGGCAGAUGAAUAAACAGUUGCUC